UUGACAGUCGCUGCCGAGGGGCAGGCAUUGCGAGACACGGCCCGAACUUGGCGGCCCGGGGGGCGGCCGGACAGAGCCCGCGGCUUGCGGAGGAGUCCCGGCUCUGGCCGCUCUCCGCACGGCGGCUGCGCCGGCCCGGAGCUCCGCCCGCGUUCCCGGCGAGGCGGAGCCGGGCCCGGGACGGGGCGGGGGUGGCCACAGAUCGCGACACGGGGGCGACGCGAGUGCGCCGCGACUCGGGCGGGGCGGGGGGUUCCGGUCGCCGCUCGGCCUGGCCGGGGCCGGAGGAGGACGCCGGAGGUGGGGCCGAGCCCGUGAGGCGGCAGAGCGGCCGCGCCCGCCCGGCCCUGCCCGCACGGCAGCGCUCACCCGCGGGCGCUCCUGCUGGGGCCACGGCGGGCUGGGACCUCCCUCAGGGCUGCAGGAGGCACCGCCACCGAGCGUAGCGAGGAACCCCCUUCACGCGUAAUUCAGUUCUCUUCUAGACAUAACCACCAGGUAGAUUGUAAACAAUGAACAGCAUUGCCAAAAGCGUUUUGCAGUCAGUGAAGCACGGCCGAGCUGCGUGGCUGAGGACCAGCUCUGCUCACUCUGGGAAGCAGCGUUUUCACAGGCUGGUUUUGGGAAUAGAGACGAGCUGUGAUGACACUGGCGCUGCUGUGGUAGAUGAAGCCGGCUGUAUUCUGGGAGAAGCACUGCACUGUCAGAAGGAAGUUCAUUUACAAUCAGGAGGAAUAAUUCCCGUGGUGGCACAGCAGCUUCACAGAGAAAACAUCGACCGAGUGGUUCAAGAGGCCCUUCGUGCCAGUGGUGUUUCUGUGGCCGAGCUCGCGGCUGUGGCGACCACAGUGAAACCCGGGCUGGCUCUGAGCCUGGGCGUGGGGCUGCAGUACAGCUGCAGCUUGGUCAGCAGGCACCAGAAGCCCUUCAUCCCCAUCCAUCACAUGGAGGCUCACGCACUGACCAUCAGGCUCACACAUCACCUGGAAUUUCCCUUCUUAGUUCUCCUCAUCUCUGGAGGCCACUGUCUCUUGGCAGUAGCACAAGGAGUUUCAGAUUUCCUCCUGCUUGGACAGUCCAUCGACAUUGCACCGGGUGACAUGCUGGAUAAGGUGGCACGAAGACUGUCCCUAAGAAAGCACCCAGAGUGCCACACCAUGGCUGGGGGGAAGGCCAUAGAGCACUUGGCUCAGACUGGGAACCAGGAACUGCUCACCUUCCGACAGCCCAUGAGGCAGUAUCGGAACUGCGACUUCUCUUUCUCUGGCCUUCAGAACCUUGUCUAUAAUGCCAUUGUACAGAAAGAAAAAGAAGAAGGUAUUCAGGAAGGUGAGAUCCUGUCCUGUGUUAAGGACGUUGCUGCUGCCGUACAGCACGCAGUGGCUGUUCAUAUUAUCCAGAGGACGUAUCGAGGCAUGCUCUUCUGCAUCAAAAACAGCAUAUUACCAUCAAAAAAUGCCACUUUGGUUGUAUCAGGAGGAGUUGCAAGUAAUCAGUAUAUUCGAAAAGUUCUACAGAACCUGGCAGAUGCAAAUGAUUUUGCUUUACUGUGUCCUCCUCCAAGACUCUGCACUGAUAAUGGUGUUAUGAUUGCAUGGAAUGGCAUUGAAAGGCUACGUGCAGGGCUGGGGGUUCUUCACAGUGCUGCUGGCAUCCGCUACGAGCCCAGAGCUCCCCUGGGAAUUGAUAUUUCAAAAAGAGUUGAAGAAGAUUCCAUCAAGGUGCCAAAAUUAAAAGAGAUACAAUGGAUGGCAUCUUAAAAAGUCACUUAAUAAAAUAAAUGCAACUAUAAAUAGCUCAAUGAAAAGUGUUUCAAUGCUGUUAUGUUUAGGGACAAUACUUGGAUUACAAGUGUUGAAAUCACCUGUCAGAGAAACAAAUGCUGUGUUGCUAUCACCAAAGUAAUUCCAGUACUAUAAACUAAGCAUUCAGUAUUAAAACAAAAAACAGCACCUCAGUAUUAAAACAAAAAAAAGCACGAGAUGCAUUCAUAGUGAGCUCCUUGUAAAUGUACAACUCUGGUUAUUAUUAAUUAUGUCCA